CUCUCCUUCUCACUACCCCCUUACCCCUCUCUCCAGAGGCACCGAAGGUGGAGGUGUACUCCCGCAAGCAAGUCGUAGAGGGAGAGGAAAACACCCUCAACUGCUUCGUGAGUGGUUUCCACCCUCCGAAGAUUGACAUCACCCUCCUCAAGAACGGGGAGCCCAUGAGCAACGUGAACUACGCUGACAUGUCCUUCAACAGCAAGUGGCACUUCCAGCGCCUGGUAUACGCGUCGUUCAUUCCCAAGAAGGGCGAUGUCUAUGUCUGCAGGGUGGCCCAUUCCACCUUCACGGAGCCGCAGUCCUUCCGAUGGGAUGCAGACUUCUAA